AUGAGCCUCGACUUCUACUCUCGUAUCUCUGGCAUCUCGCCAGGGAGUCUCCCCUACGCUUCUGCUCUUUCUUCAUCAGCUUCUUCCUCUACCUCCUCCGUGUUCUCGGAUGCCGCGUCACAAGCAUCCAGCACAAGCUCAACAUCGUGUCCCUCCAACUGGGAGUCGGACGAAUGGAGCUCCAGCAAUGGACAGAUUGCCACGGCAACUGCCGUUAACUUUUCAAACAUAGCUGCCCUUCAGCCCAUCAGCCGCGUGAGCACCUUCCCUCAGUACCAGGCCUCAGCUUGCCGGGAGACUGCCCAGGAGAGGCUGCCAUCGCUGCGCCAGGCUGAGCUUAUUGCCCCGGUGGAUCAGCGACAAAACCCGCGACGAUCAUCAACCACGAUCAAUCAGCGCGCUCCUCCUCAGUUGGUUCGACAAAGCGACCGCAAGGUCAACUUCGUCGACUGCCUCGUCGAUUCCGCCACCCAAAUGGUUGAGGUUAUCUGGCAGCUUUCUGAGCCCAAGAGCCGUUGUGAGACCGCUGCUGGACGUGGUGUGCUUCCUCUGCGCACCUUCAUCCAAGAGACUCUUCGCCGAUCUCGCACCAGCUACUCCACUUUGCAGGUUGCUUUGUACUACUUGAUCCUCAUCAAGUCGCACCUGCCCCAGCAUGACUUCACUAUGCAGCAGCAAUCUGAAGAGGCUUCCAUGCGUGCUUUGCAGUGCGGACGUCGCAUGUUUCUUGCGGCACUCAUUCUUGCCUCAAAGUAUCUGCAGGACCGCAACUACUCCGCUCGCGCAUGGAGCAAGAUCUCUGGUUUGAAGGUUUUCGAGAUCAACACCAACGAGAUGGCCUUUUUGGAGGCUGUUAACUGGAAACUCCACAUCACCGACCCCAUUUGGGAGAAGUGGCAGGAAGUUGUUCUGCGACACACUCCUACCAACCCCCCGGCAUCACCGGGAGCCAGCCUUCCAAACACCUGGAAGGAUGUCAUCCCUAUGUUGACCCCCGAGUUGGAGAUCAUCACCAUCAAGCCAAAGGCACCAGCCACACCUGUGCGUCCUGUCUUCACGUCGGCACUCAGUCUCAGCGCGUCUCGUCUGCCUACCUCGGCUGGCUACGGCUCGCAAGAGAGCACCCCAACUCCCGCUCUCUACCAGGCUCCUCGCUUCCUCGAGCCGAAGCCUGAUCUGCUUCCUCCUACGCCCAUGCGCUUGGGUCCUCUGCCUACGCCUUCGUUGACACCCCAGUCCAUUGCCAGCUCUACUCCUGCAGCGAGUGUCUUGGCUAUGAACUCUCGUCGUUCUUCGAUGUGCACCGCAAUGCAGCAAGCACAGUGCUCGUCUUUGGCGCGCUCCUGUGUUGACCAGUUCAACCCAAGCGUCAGGAACGGACUUGAGGCUUAUCACUUCCCGAGCCGCAGGCCUUCGCUGGCACCGUCUGUUUCAUCUGUGUCCUCGAUCUCCUCGUCACCCGAAUCGAUGAUUACAGACAACUCACGCUCUUCGCGCGCUUCGUCAAUCUCCUCAGUCUCGUCUGUGUCAUGGGCGCCUCCAAGCCAGGCCAGUUUGGCCCGGCUGGCGACCUGCCGCAAUGCGAAGCUGCCUUACCCAGUGCUCUCGAAGUGCAACGAGUAUGCCCCCAGCGACCCCACCUCCUCGCCUGAGUCUAUGGACCGCUACCAGAUCGAUGAUGCGGACGCGACCCCUAUGCGCGUUGACAGCCCUGCGUCUACCAAGUCUAUCAGCCCCUCGCGCAAGCGUGGCCGUUCGUCUACGAUCGACCUCCAGCACAGCGUGCGUCACUUGUUGACCAGCUCGCGCCCCAGCUUCCAACUCCACAGUCAACCCACCGUCCUGCCUGAUCGAUCCAUCGCCCAGCCAUCGUUCUCAACAUUUGAGAGCGAGUUGAAGGGGCUGCAGCCGCCCAAGACCUUCGCUCCCGAUUGCUCCCGUCUGCCAGUGCAGAAGGAUUUUGGGAAGAAGCGGACUUGCUGCUCCACCGAGGCCGCGCAUGCAUACCACCGAUCAGGACCUGGUAUGUGGGACGGCGUUCUCUUGUAA